UUAGAACUCAAUGCGUCAUGCUUGGCGUUCCAGUUUAACUUGUGCGUUCUACCAAGCAUAGUAGUGUGUGGUGUUUCUGUUUUCUUCGUUGAAAGUUUCCCUUUCCGCCCCCGUUUAAAAAAAAAAAAAUCACAAAACUAAAACACCUUUCUGACAAUUCUAAAGAAAUUGAAACCUACGCGGUUGGAUCUAGUAAUCAUCCAAGCUGGGCGACGGUAAAGGAAAACAUCGUAGGGUCAGAAUGGCCGAUGAAGCACAAAGAACACCUGAAGUUCCUAAGGAAAGUAAAAUCUCAAAACAUAUUACGGUUGCUUUCAAAGUUGUCGAAAUCAUACUAUCCAUCUUCGCGAUUGGAUUAAUGGUAGAUCCUUUAAAUUCCUUUCAAAGAAUUUUCAACAAGACACGAUUUAAAUUAGACGAUGCAGCCUUCAUUUAUGUCACAGUGGCCGGUUAUGUUAUGAUAAAUACACUUUUCAUUAUAUGCCAUUUACUUGGAGAUCGUUUGCCAAAAAGAACGAUGAUAUUGUUUGCUUCGUUGGGUGCGAUUCUACACAUAGUUGCUGGUAGCCUAAUCGUUCACAACUGGCGUAACAUACAAAGGCCAUACUAUGGUAUAAAUAACGAAAUAUAUCCGAGCAAACAAUACAUGGACAUGUUAAUAUCUUCUGCAGUUUUUGUAUUUUUAAAUGCAUUAGCAUUCGUUGCUGAAGUAUUUUUAAUUUUAAAAUUUUCGACUAAGACAUGAGAAAUAACAAAUGUGCGUGAAAAAAGUAUUAUUUUUCAAAUAUAUAAUCGUUAAUAAUUUUUAAGAAAGAUUAUUCUUGAUCAAAAUGAAAC